CUGAUUGCAAUUGAACACGAAUGAAAAAUAUGGCGUUAGGCUUUAGGGUUUUAUGGACAGUGAGAAAGAGUUACAGAGGAAGGCUUCAAUUGCCAAAUCCUCAUCAUUCUUGUUUCAGCAAACACUCACAUUCAAAUUCAAAUUCAAAUGCAGAUCCCUUUCUCCUCAAAUUGCUUCAGGUCCCCAAUUCGCGCAUCAAAACGACGUUGGAUCAGGAAAUGCCUUCCAUUCUAAGCUCCCAACUUUCUUGGGACUCCCUUGUUUCCUCUCUCUCCCGUUCGUCUUCCGACAAAGCUCAAUUGGUUUUGGAAUGGAUUUUGGAGAAAAUGCUGAAAGAAAAUGAGAACGACUAUAAUCUUUUCCCUAAACUCAUCCUUCUGUGUGGAAAGGUGAAGAAUGUGGCACUGGGAAUGCGUGUGUUUACUUCUAUGGAGGCUAAUGGAGUUCAACCCAAUUCCCUUGCUUUCAAUUCCCUUAUAAGUGUUUGUUUGUCUUCCCAUGAUGUUGUUACUGCACUUAGUUUAUUUGAGAUCAUGGUGAGUUCAGAGAGCUAUAAACCUGAUUUUCACACCUAUAAUAUCUUUAUUUCAGCAUUUUCCAAGUCAGGGAAUGUUGAUGCCAUGUUAGCUUGGUACUCGGCAAAGAAAGCUGCUGGACUUGGUCCUGAUCUUCAAAUGUUUGAAUCCCUCAUAUCAGGCUGCAUUAAUUCAAGGAAAUUUGAUAUUGCUGAUAGAAUUUUUGAAGAAAUGAUGAUUUCUGAAAUUGUACCUAAUGCAUCCAUACUAGCAUGUAUCCUUAAAGGGAUUUGCUGGCAAAAGAGUUUGGAUCGAGCAGAAGAGUUUUUCAAGUUUGUAAUGGAUUCAAGGUGGGAGAUUAAUGAAAACAUGGCGGAUAAGUUGGUAGCAUUGUAUCAAGAACAAGGGCAAGUGGAAAAGAUGGAAAAGCUACUUGAAACUAUGACAAAGUCGUGUGCAGUUGCUUCUGGUGUCCUCUCACGAAUCCAUUGUGGGAUUGUGAGGAUGUAUGCCAUAUUAGAUAGAUUGGACGAAGUAGAGUUUGCGGUGGGUAGAAUGCUAAAACAAGGGUUUUCAUUCACAAGUGCAGAUGAUGUUGAAAAGGUCAUCUGCUCAUACUUUAGAAGGGAAGCUUAUGACAGGCUAGACAUAUUCUUGGAAUGUUUGAAGAGGUGCUAUGUGCUUGAGAAAUCAACUUAUGAUUUGUUGAUAUCUGGCUAUAGAAGAGCGCGCUUGCAUGAAAAAUUAGAUUCAGUGAUGGAAGACUUGAAAUCAGUUGGAUUAGCUUAAAUGAUGACAGAAGAUGAGUUCCAUUCAAAUCAUUAACUUUUGCACAAGGCAGCAAUCUAGUGUUGUUUCCUGCAAGUGAGUAUACAGUCAAAUGAAUAUAAAAAAAUUCAGUGUCAUUUAACCAACUACACCAUCUCUAUCAAGCUAA